ACUCUGCCUUGGAAGAGGUGAGGUACGUCCAGGACGGACCAGGGAGUAUAGGGAGUCUGUGGAAGGAAGUGUCAGCAUACUACAACAUAUAAAUAAAUAUUUAUAAAUAACUUUUUUGUUUUGUUUUAGCGUCUUGUAUCUCUUUCCCCCAGACCAAGGAAGAGAGAGAAACCUGUUGCCAAUUUACACCAAAAGGAUUUCACUGCUGAUCAUUUUAGGUAGAACCGUCCGCAAAAAAAAAAAAAAAAAAAAUUAUAAUGGUCUUGUUUAAGAUGCAGUUCCCCUUGGAGAAAAGGGUGAAACUCGCCCAGGGGCUGUGGCUCCUCUCCUGGCUGGCCACCAUCGCCGGAGCCCUCACCUUCUCCGUGGGCAUCUUCCUGAAGACGGAGCUCCGAAAGAGGAGCGAGGUGAUGGACAACACGGAGAUCCACGCCGUGCCCAACACCCUCAUCCUGGUGGGCCUGGCCUCCCUGGGGGUGAACUUCUUUGCUGGACGGAUCUGCCAGGACUCCCUGGACGUGGCUCGCUUCCCCCGCUGGAAAGGUUUCGUGACCCCUUACUUCGUGGGCUCCGGUUUCUUCUGCUUCCUCCUGCUGGUAGCCGUGGUUAUGAGUUACGCCAUGAAGGGGAACCUGGAGGAGUCCCUGAAGAUCGGGCUGAAGAACGGGAUCCGUUUCUACAAGGAUACGGAUACGCCCGGGCGCUGCUUCCAGAAGCAGACCAUCGAUCUCCUGCAGAUUGAGUUCAAGUGCUGCGGGAACAGCAACUUCAAGGACUGGUUUGAGGUGCAGUGGAUCAGCAACCGCUACCUGGACUUCAGCUCCAAGGAGGUGAAGGACCGCAUCAAGAGCAACGUGGACGGACGGUACCUGGUGGACGGGGUCCCCUUCAGCUGCUGUAACCCCACCUCCCCUCGGCCCUGCAUCCAGCAGCAGAUCAGCAACAACUCCGCGCACUACAGCUACGACUACCAGACCGAGGAGCUGAACCUCUUCACCCGCGGCUGCAGGGCGGCGCUAGUGAGCUACUACAUGGGGCUCAUGAACACGAUCGGGGUCGGAGUGCUGCUCGUCUUCCUGCUGCAGGUGCUGGUGCUCGUCAGCCUGCGCUACCUCCAGACGGCCGCGGAGGGCGCUGUGGGGCAGGAGGACACGGCGUGCGAGACAGAGGGGUACCUGCUGGAGAAGGGGGUGAAGGAGACCCUGAAGAGCAGCUUCGAGAGCCUGGCCCAGGUGUUCCGAGUCAACCAGGUGGAGGCGGGGGGCGGAGAGGGGGGAGACGCUGCUGUCACCCCCUAACCCCACCCCCCCGAGCCCCCGACAGGAACCCAAACCCUCGACACCAACGAUGACCCACUCUUGACCGUCUCACAACUCCUUCACCCCUGACCCCUGACUCCCCUCAGCUCUGACCCCCCAUCUCCAGCCUCUGCUUCUCCUCUGUCUGGUGUGGCAGAUCCAUGCUUGAACGCUUUACUGCCUGAGUGAGCCCCCCACCCCCCCAAAAAAAUACCUUUCAUCUCAACAGCCUGGGGGGGGUAGCGAACGCAGGUAUUAAACAUGAGGCUGUCGCUGGUACGAAUGGGAAACAUUUCGGACCAUCCCCCAUCAGGCUCUCUUAGAUCAUCACAGCGCAGAGACCCUCGGUGGAAUUGCUUCACAAAUCCCAGGGGCUCGCGUCUCGAUCGUUCACUGGCACGUCGAGUCCGCGUCUCCUGUUCCACGUCGCGUCCCUCUGGCGUUGCGCCCCAACCUGCUUUUUCUCCUGCUGGCUUUUUUUCGCUGAGUGCUGUCUAGAAAUUGCGUGUUUAAAAGUUGGACGCUGUUAAAAUAAAACAGACACAGAGAACACUGUAUUAAAGUCGGAAAGUUUUGAACUGCU